AGCGAUCUUUUGCCGCGCGGGAAUGCACCAAGCAACGCGGUUGAAGCGUGCAAAUAUCUACCUGACACUUGCAGACUCCAACAUUGCAGGAGCCCCGCUCAUAUUCGAAAGCCGCCGCCGCAACGCCCCUCGCGGCGUUUCUCCCCCCGCCGGGAGCAUGGCGUGCGAGGCGCCGGCUGCUUGCCCAGUGGCGCCAUCUCCGCUGUCCCUCCACUCAGCGCUAGAGACGGGUGGACAGCCUCAACGUGAUCCCGCUCACCGACUGAUGCGGCGUCAAGGAUGCCCAGUUUAUCCGAUGCAGCCUGGUCUCUCGGCGGCCAGCAGCUCAGGCGCAUCGCCUCAGGUUGGCGUUGUCAUUUUCAUUUCUCGUCUUGCCUCCGACCGCGCGUAACCAUUCCAAUGGAGCGCACUGCCAACAGCUCCACUUUCGUUUUGGAACCCAUCGACGCCCCGCCUUCCUCUCCUGCUUCUAGCAAAAUGCAGAGCGAGGACUUUGCCCAAUUCACCAGCUUCGUGGACGCCUGUUUGCGUGCCAUCGAAAACACCCGUGAGGAUCGGCUGAUUCACGACCCGUUCGCUGAGCCGUUGACACGCGGAGUCGCGCCGCAGUUGACACCACGUCUCAACAAGUGGCAGGAGAAGCAGCCCCACCCGGAGAACUACAUCGCCGUACGCGGUCGAUAUUUGGACGACGCCAUCGCGCAGCGAAAUCCUACUAUCCGUCAGGUGGUUUUCCUCGGUGCUGGUCUCGACACCCGCGUGUUCCGACUGGAAUCUUUACACGGAUGCCACGUACUAGAACUCGAUCAGAGCGCCGAGCUUUUUGAGCACAAGCGAACGGUAUUAAAGGACCUGGAUCCCAAACUCCUUGUAGACCGUCACGACUACGUCGUCGCGGACCUCAACGCCUUCAACUGGGAAGAGGGUCUUCUGUCCAGUGGCUUUAACCCGGACCUCCCGACCUUCUGGGCAUUAGAAGGGAUCAUGAUGUACCUGACCCAGGCCAGCAACCUCGCGCUGCUCAAGACCAUUGACGUCUUAUCAGCGCCGGGCAGUGAAGUGUGGGGCGACAUGGCUGGGCGUGGAUUGCUGGUGGACGACGGCCUAACUUUAUUCAAGGACGUGAACGACCUGUACCGGAAGGAGCUGGGCGAACAGCUCUUUAAACACGCUGAAGACGAUGUAUUCGAGGGCGUGUUCAGUGAACUGCCCUGGGAGAUGGAGGUGCAAGGAGCACUAGUGGAGCCAGGAACGCACUUUGGACGCGAGUGGAUGCCCACGCUUACCAAAACGGAGAAGAUCCCUGUGACGUUUAACUUUGUGUUAGCCAAGAAGCCACUGGCUGAUCUGCCAUAGCCAACAAACUAUCUAAAUGCGAAAGAAGCAUAUUAAUGUAUUACUAGAAGAGCUGAAGUUGCACUAAGAGGGCACUUGUUGGUACAUGUUCAUCUUGGUGAUGGCGGUGGUACAUGUAGAACACUUCCGUUACACAGAGUACUGCUAUUCUG